AUGCCCAAAAGAAAGGUUGCAGGUCAAGGUGAUAUGAGGCAGGAGUUGCCUGUGCCCAUUACACCAGAGUUGAAGUCCAAAAGAACAUCAACUCCAAGGAAAAUGAAGACAAAAAAUGAUAUGAUGGAAAAAAACACAGAUGCAAGUGCCAAAGCCAUAGCUGAAACCAAGAAAGAAGUUGUUAAAGAAGAAUACAACAGUGAAACUGCUGAAAAUGGAGAAGCCAACAUUAUAGAGACACCAGCUCCUGAAAAAGAAAUAGAGGAAAUAAAAGAAGAAAAAAUUGAAGAUAUCAAAGAAGAAAGAGGAGAAAAGAAAGAAACAGUGGCAGCAGAAGGAAAAGAAGAUGAAAAAGAAGAUCAGAAAGGAGAUGGAGAAGAUCAAAACAAGGAAGAAGAGAAAGGAGAAGAUGGAAGAGGGAAAGAAUAUGAAAAAGAAGAUGAAGGUGGAAAAGAGGAAGAAGACAAGAAAGACACAGGAGAUGAAAAGGAGGGUGAAGAUGGAAAAGGGAAAGGAGAAGAUGGCAAAGAGGGAGAAGAUGAAAAAGAGAAAGGAGAUGAAAUAGAGAAUGAAAAUGGAAAGGAGAAAGGAGAAGAUGGCAAAGAAUCUGAAGAUGGAAAAGAUAAAGGAGAAGAUGAAAAAAAAGGAGAUGAUAGAAAAGAGAAAGGAGAUGGAAAAGAGAAUGAAGACGGAAAAGAGGAUGAAGAUGGAAAGGGGGAUGAAGGUGUAAAUGAGAAAGAAGAUGAAAAAGAGAAAGGAGAAGAUGAAAAAAAGGAAGAAGGAAAAGAGGAAGAAAAUGGAAAAGGAGACAGGAAAGAUGGAGGAGAUGGAAAAGAAGAUGAAAGCAAGGCUGAAGUUGGAAAAGAAAUAGCUGAAAUAAAAGAGGUCAAAAAAGAAAAUGGAAAAAAAGUAGAGUCUCAGAGUAUUGUUUAAAGCUGCCCUAUAUGGUUUCAUAAUUUGGUAAUAUGUACCUUCAUGUUGUAAUGUUAAGAGAGAGGAAUAUUUUUAUCAACUAUUUUAUAAACACAGCUUUUCUUUAGCAUCAAUUUAAUUUCAAAACAUCUUCAUACUGGUUAUUAGUCACAAAUUUCCUAACAUGAAACCUUUAUCUAUAAAUUUUGUAAUUAUAAUAGUGGAAUAUAUAGAAAAAAUAUGUUUUCAACUUUGUCAGUGAAUACACUUUUUCUGUAAGUUAUGUGUUCAAUCUUUGAAUUUUAAUUUUACUCCUAUAUGUGAUAAUUUCACAAAAUGGAGAGAUCCCAAAAGAAUUUCCUCAAACAUUCUUGUGGUUUUCUAGGUUACUUUUAUAAAGAAGUGAACUAUUUUCAUGUAAUGCUAAGAAUUAGAAUUAUCUUUCCCAAAUAUA